CACAUCCAUCCCAUCCGGUGUCUUACACCUAUAACCCGAGUAGAUCUGGCUGGUCUGGCUUCAGACAGACCGUGAUCAAGACACCUACCUUGUUGUAUUGAGAACCACCUCAAUUGAGAACCCCAAAAUAAUCAUGAAGCAACAAACCAACAGGGCAAUUCAUAAUGUGACCAUCAAAUUAACGGAGGGGGGGCAAGGUCUACGCCGCAACAUCAUGUCCAAUUUUCUUGGCAUCAACCAACACCCAACAGCUCCAACCUCCAACAUUAUCGCGUGGUCCAUCAUCGACAAACAGAUUAAAACCGCCCGAGUUUGUCUCGGGUUCUUGCAUUGAGACAUCUCCAACUAGACAUCAUCGCUCUAGUCAAACAAUGGCUCCGUUUUCCCUCCCCGCCGACACGGCCUUCCCCGCCGACAAAGCCGCCAUCCUCCCCGCGCCUCUCCCAACCCCGUCUCACGGCGCCGGCGGCAGCUUCUCAAUCGCGUGCUCAACCCGCAUCAACGCGCCCCCUUCAAAAUGUCUUGAUAUCGUCCGCAGCCCGGCAGACUACCCCUCCUGGAACCCCUUCUGCCGCCUCGUCAAAAUCGACUCCCAGCCCCCUUCCACCACCUCCUCCCCAGACCAAUUUCACCUCGGCACAGUCUUCACCUUCGACGUGCACUUCAACACCUCACCCGACUCCAAGCCAUCCACCAAGUCUCAGGAGCGCGUCUCAAUUUUGGAGGACAUCGUCGACCCCACCAGCAAGAAGGUAAUCGGGCACAGGAUCGGCUGGAUCCAGAUCGGUCCGCAACCCGACUGGAUGCUCAAGUGUGAGAGAAUCCAGGAGUUUAUCGAAGUUGAGGGGGCAGAUGGGAAAGUGACGACAGAGUACAGAAACUGGGAGACGUUUUACGGGCUUUUGGCGGUUGUGGUCAAGUUGGCUGCGGGAGAGGGGGUCAGGAAGGGGUUUGAGGGGUGGAUGGGGGGGUUGAAGAGGAAGGCGGAAGGGGGGAACUGA